GAUUUGGACAAAAGAGAGAAGGGUCCUAAGUGGCUGUUGCUAGGCUACUGGAUUUGAUGUACUUGGAGAAACAUUGACUAAAAAUGCUUUUCGAGGCGAAGCGUUGCGGAGUGUGCUUCAGCCCACCUUCCAUAGUCUUGAUUUAUGAAAACACAGAGACCAACAAAGUGAGAAAACGAGUGAUUCCUGUGCGAAACUUCUCGCAGUAUUCCGAUUAUAACCUCGCCGCCGAAAGGCUGAAAAACCACCCCCGGCACAAGGACUACCUGCAGGGGGUCUCCCAGAGCCAGCUGGAGAGGCUGCACAUCAUUUUGCGUGACCACCUGCGGGGCAUCAGUUUGGAGCGUAGCCUGGCGUCGUUGCAGGUAGACCCGGAAGAGGACCUCAACAAGCUCGACGACGACGUGCUUGCUCGCAAGAAGAGCCACAUGGAUGAGCUGUUCGAAAGGAACCGGACACACAGAGAGGACCCUGAUUUUGUUUAUGACUUGGAGGUGGAUUUUGGCAAAGCGGCCGAUGAAAAAUGCAGCUGGGAUGAAGAAUCUGAUGAUGGAUUUUAGUGUUUCCCCAAUGCAAUUUUUGAUGAACUAAAAUGCUGUAGAACAGAGCUUCUCAAGCCUUUUGGACGAUGAGUAUGGACCCCUUAUAUGGGAGAUAUUUUUCCAAGGAUGAAAAUUGCCAAUUUGGAAUUAUGAGUGAGCUCCAGAUAUGCUGUCGCUGAAGUAAAAAAAAAAAAAAAGCAAAGCAAAAAAAACACGGUUAUAAAAUAUAUAAGACAGUUAUAUAAGAUAUAAAAAAGAUGUACACAAUGACAGACAGCAGAUGAAUAACAGAGGACAUUUAUUAGAUAUAUAAAAUAUUGAAUAUACAAAAUACAUUGCUUUUGGCUCUUUAUCUGUGGCUUACAAUGACGUGCGUUCAGUCGACCAUGAGAGAAGACACUUUCAGCGAUUAAACGCUUCGUUAGUGGACAACCCCCCCCACA